CCAAGGUGCUCAAGUUGUUUUCCCUUGCUUCCAAUUGCGCUUGGUACUUCCCAUUAACUUCUUUUGCUGAGUCUAAUAGUAUCUACUUUUUCAUCAUCUCAUCUCAGCCUCUCGGACAUAGAGAGGUACCCAAAACUCACCGAGAAUCCAUCCUAGAGGCCCAAAAACUAACUGAAAACCAAAACAAGCACAGGAAAUCCAAGCGCGGAGAGAGAAGGUGAGAGAACCAAGCCACUUCAAAUAGAAGGAAAAAACAUGGAGGGAGAACACGAAGCACUACCCACUUCUCCUACAUCAACAACACCUCCUCCGCCAUCAUCAUACAAGUUAUUUCUGAAAGUUAUGAGCAAAAGGAGAACAUGGGUGUUUCUCUUUGUGCUAGUUUAUGCAAUCCUUUUAGCUUCUUCGUGGAAUUCCCUUAAAUCAAUACUUUCUUGGUACAAACGUCAAGCCCAACCAUCUUCUGCUUCUUCUGGGUGGCCUGCCCUCUAUGCCUCUGUUCUUCUUGGUGCGGUUUUUGGGCUGCUUUCUAUGGUUGCAGCUCUGGCUGUGGCUGUGCCGGCCACUUUGGUGACCUGGAUCACUGUUGUGGUUCUGCUUGCUUUCUUUGGGAAACCAAAGAGGACCUUGGUGCUUGAAGGCAGGAAGAUUACAAGAGAGAUCGCUGGGAUUGUGUUCAAGAUUUUGUUGAAGGAAGGGAAUCUUGUAGCUGCUGUUUGUGCCGUUUUGGGGUACUUUGCACUUGUCAGGAAGAAUUCUGUAAUGUUAUUAAAGAUGGCUGAAAGCUAUUCCUUUGAGUCAUCCUCCUCAUGGCUUCCAAGCGUGUACAACAUCAAGCGGAAGGGAUAGUAAGAAAUGUAACGCAGAAUGUAGCAGCUAGCUGAGCAACAUAGUGGAAUAAAGAUUGCUGCGAGCAUGACAAGAAAAAUCAACCACAAGGAGAGGACAACUGAGGCAAGCCAACUAAGCUUGCUCACCACCAAGUAUAAACCUGCCAUGAAUGCUAUGGACAUCAUUGUAAGUGCAACUCCUAGGAGAGGUACUGCCAGUUUAAGAGCAAAGAACACCAAACCGAGAUCAAUUAACUGUGCCCAAA